AGUGGACGCGGUAAAGGCCUUGGAAAGAGAAGUGCGAAGCGUCAUCGCAGUUUUGCGCAUAAUAUUCAAGGAAUAACAAAGCCAGCAAUACGGUGUUUAGCACGACGCGGAGGUGUGAAACGAAUCAGCUUCGUAUCCUCGAGAAGACUCGUGGUAUUCUCAAUAUAUUUUUUGGAGAACUUCAUCUGUGACGCUGUCACUUAUUGCGAACAUGCCUUGCAGAAGACAGUUACCGCACUGGAAGUCACUGAUUCGCUAGGCUCAUCAGAUAUGCGCAGAGUUGUAUCCUCUCACCUGUGA